CAGGCUGUGAUUACUACUUUAAAAUCACUGAUACUGCUAUUUUAUCUCAACACUAGUAGGUACAUUAUUCUUAAAUAAUGUAUGUAUGUAUGUAUAACGGAAUAAAGUUUUCAAAUAAUGACAGCCGAUAUGGAUAGACUAACUUCGAAAAGAAAAUAGGAAACUUUGCCAUCUAAAGCUAAUACAUACCAAACGUGUAAACCACUAUGUCAUUGUUUCCUGCUAUCUUUGGUGAUACACCUAGUUUGAACGCAGAUGUAAAGGUAAAUGAAGAAAAUAUUCAAUCAAAAUGGCUUCAAAAUUCUAGCUUCCAUCCAGAAGCUUCAAAUAUAACAAAUGAAGUUAUAAAGGAUGAUAAUUUGAAAAACAAAGAUCAUGAGAAAAGUGUUAGAAAUUCUUAUAAAUUAUACAAAAAAUUACACGGAAAAAAGAAAAAAAAGGAUAAAAAGCAUAUUACAAAAAUUAAACGACAAAAGAAACACAUAGAACAUAUUUUAAAUGAUUGUGAUUUUAUUACAAUUGAUCGAAAACGGGAACCAGGAAAUUUAAAAGUUGAUAAACUAUAUAGACCUGCAGCUCCCAUGUUUCGUAUUAGUAAUAAGUAUCGUGUUCUAGAUCAUUGUGGAUGGGUUAAUAAUUCUUAUAAGCAAAAACAUAUUAAACGUUACUAUACUUUUAAAGAAAAGGAUUAUGGUGAUGGAAGUCUUGAGGUACACGUUGAGGAAGAUUGCUUAAUACAAAAUAAAAUGUUAAUUCAAAUUCCUAAAAAAAUCAAUGAAAAUAUUGAAAAAGUCGAGUUAAGUUCAAUAAAAUGUGAAAAUAAUUUAACAACUUUAACAGCUGAAUUUAAUAAACAAUUAUCAGAACAUCCAUGUGAUAUUGAUACAUGGAUCAAAUUUGUUCAUCAUCAAGAAGCUUUAUAUUCUUUAAAUAAUGGAUAUGGUUAUAAAAAGAAACUGAACAAAAAAGUUAUCAUAGAAAAGCAAAUUGCUAUUUUAGAUAAAGCACUUUCACUUAAUUGUGAUAACGAUAAACUAUUAGAAUUAAAAUGGACUCUUGCUGAAGAUUAUUUUACUCCUGAAGAAUUUAACAGAGAGUUAGUUAAAGAAUUAGAAAAAUAUAAGUCCGGUAAAGCAUUAUUAUGGAAUUAUUAUAUAAAUGCCAACCAGAAUUCUUUAUCAGAGUGUUCAACUUCUACUGUACUUAAAAGAUACUCAGAUGCUAUGUUUGCUUUAAGUAAAAUAAAACGAGGUUUGCCAUUGAGUGAGCAAUUGGAUAUACAACAAAACAUUAUUGAACUGUUUAUGAAGUGUGGGUUAUUUUUGAGGCAAGCUGGACAUUAUGAGCAGUUGUUAACAUUGAUAAACAUGUAUUUUACAAUUAGUAUUAGCCGUUUUGAUAAUAAUCUUAUUGAAACAUUUUAUAUAGAUUCAUCUGAUGAUAUAAUUUUUGAUGAUAAUUUGAAAACAAUGCCAUUGAAUAAAGCGUGGUAUCAAAUUGAGUCCAUAAGAACUUGUGAUCGUUGGUUGCCUCUUCCUAAACACAUGGCAGAUGAUGCAGAAGACCCCCAAAGAGUUGUUUUACCCGAAGAAAUGGCAGAAUUAGUUCAACCUUUAGUUAUUCACAAGUCUGUCAUUGAAAAUCUUGUUACUGCUAGUUUUAUUCUACUUAAAAUGCCAAUCUUACCUUUUCGUCAUUUUGUUGCACGUCAAAUAGGUAUUCUCAAAUGUCAUUAUUAUUUAGAUGAUCUUGAAAGUAUUCUCAGUAGUCUCUUUAUGGCUCAUCAUUUUGAAGAUUUAAAUGUCAGUGAUAAAAAAGCUAGUAAUGCAUUGUUGGUGAUGCUUAAGACUGCAAUGCCCCCAAACUAUUAUGAAGAAUCUAUUUCAAGCCAUACAUAUUCUAGAUUUUUAACUACAGUUUUAAGACAUAUAACUGAUUGCUUAUAUGCUAUGGAUUAUAUCGAUGAAGCUAAUAUGUUUUUAGUUUGGUGGUUAAGGUUUGAAAGAUAUCAAAUUAUUGUUAAAUUUAAUACUGAUAAUAGUCGUUUGGUUUCUGAAGUAAAGUUAUUGUUGGGAAAACCUCAAUAUAGAAAUAAUAUCCCUCUUUUCAUUGAAUUUGCAUUGUUAAAAAAUCAAGUUGGCAAAAGAGAUGAUGCUUUGAAAAUUUUGCAAAAAUUAAUUGAUGGCCAAUGUGUUUUGUUGGACAAAAAACCUGUUUAUUUAAAUGUUACUUAUCGAGCAGCUUAUACUGCUAUUUAUAAGAAUUUAGUUGAAAUAUUAAUUCAAUCCGACUGCAAACAAAGAGCUUUACUAACACUUAUAGCUCUUGCAAAUGGAGUAUUACCUGAUCAAGCAAAUUUAAAUUUAACACAUGAGGCAAUGGUUAUAUUUGACAAGAUAACUGAAGAUCUAUUAACUAAUGAGGAACAAUUUGCUUAUUAUGGCUUGCAAUAUAAUUAUUUACCACAGUUUUUAAUUGAAUGGGUCAUUUGUCGUGCUUGGUUUUUGUAUUUAACUAUGAAUGUACAAACUUCCGUAGCUAUGCUUAAAGAUGUAAUUGAAAAAGUUAAAAAUAUUAUUAAAUUGAAGAGUUAUCCAGAAAAUCAUGCAGCUGAAGAAAUCUUGACUGAAACUAUGAUUGUAAUUUUAAAUUAUCAUUGUAAUAAAUCAAAAACUUAUCAUAAAGAAUUGAAAAUCUGUUUACGCAGUGCUAUUUCAAAAUAUUCUCACAAUAUGCAGUUUUUAUUUUCAAUGCUUUGGAAUGAGAUCAAAUUUGGAGGUUUUGGAACACCAUUAUGGCAAAUUGAAAAUACUUAUGUUGAUAAUGGUAAUGCUGAAAAUUUGGAAACAGUUAGAAUAAUGUUGAUUCUAGUAGGCAGGGAAAGAUUAAGAAUAGCAAGUGAUAUAGCAAGAAAACAUUUGAAUGAUAAUGAAAAUUCAAUGGAUGUAUAUGGAGGUGGAAAUAUUUUGGAUUUGUGCAAAAAUAUGCGUAACUUGUUUGACUAUUUUAUCAGAAAUCUUAGUGAUAUUACCGAAAUGAAAAAGUGUCCAAUGUUUUGGCGCCUUUAUUUGCAAUAUAUAUUUGAAAACUCACAAUCUGAUUACAAAAAGUGUUAUUAUGAAGCUGUUGAAAACUGUCCAUGGCAUAAAUUUUUAUAUAUGGAAGCAGCAUUUUACCUUCCAGAAGAGUUGUCAAACAUUUGUGACAUUUUAGUUGAAAAGGAGUUACGAAUACAUAUAACACAGGAGGAGUUGUUAGUAUUAAGGGAAGAUUGAGUUGCAUAGAUAUCUAUAAAAUAAUAGGUUUGUAAAAAAAUGUUGACGUAUUGUAAAAUAUAUUAUUUAUUUUUUUUGACUUAAAAUGAUAAAGUUGUCUAUAACAAAAAUUUGUUUUUGUUUUUUUUUAAAUAAAUAAUGGACGAAGUUGUAGCCAG